AUGGAAUGGAAUCGGCGAGUUGCACUGGAAAAAGAAUUGGACCGCGAUGAGAACACUUUCCAGCAUUUAUCAAUUUGUUUCGAUGAGACCAGUAACUUCCUGAUAUAUCCAACCCCAAUUGGAAUCAAAGUAAGCGUGUGUCAUCUACCACUGAUUCGUUUUUCGCGAGAUUACAAACUGUUUUCAAUAUCUUUUUGCCUCCGAGGAGUCUGUGGAAAAGAACCAUCGACAGUUUUGUUAUUCGUUCUUGAAAAUUUGUUAUCGCUCGAACUAAUUCCGCGUGUCUCGGCCUGA